AUGUCAGCACAUAGCCUUAACCUCUUCGGAGUUCUCUCCGAGACCAAACGCAUCAUCAACGCCCACUCCCGCCAUUUUUUGGCUCUCUCUGUUCUCUUCCUCCUCCCUCUCUCCUUCUCCCUCGUCGUCUUCCCUUCCCUCUCCCACUCCCCUUCCCCCCUCUCUCAUUACCACCGCUCCCUCUUCUUCUUCUCCUCCUCCUCCCCCGACCUCCCUCCCAUCGCCACAUCCCACCUCCUCCUCGCAUCUCUCUACGCUCUCUUCGCUCUCUUCUUAUCACUCUUCGCCACCGCCUCGAUCACCCACAGCACCUUCCACGGCUUCUACGGCAGGCCAGUGAAGUUCAUCUCCUCAAUUAAGUAUGUGCUCACAUCGUUCCUACCCCUAAUUGGAACCCUAAUAAUCAGCAUCUUCAUUUUAGGGUUAAUCGCCCUCGGAUUUGGGGGUUUUAAUGUCUUGGUGUACAAUGCCCUAGCCCUAAUUGGGGUUGAAAUUGACUACACCAAUGUGUAUCUCGUGAGUUUUUUUGCCUUGAACACCGUUCUGCUUUUCGGGUGCUGA